AUGGAAUCCUCAAAUCUGGACAAGCAAUUCGGUCGAACAGCAGACGAUCCACGAUAUCUCGAUUUCCAGAACAGUAAACCUGGUUCCGGACUGAACAAGUUCUCCUCGACUCUGACACGCGAACAUGACUUUCCAGCUGCCCAAGCGAUGCUGUACGCCGCUGGAGUGCCGAACGAGCACGUCCUCAAGAACUAUCCGCAGGUUGGCAUAGCAAGUGUAUGGUGGGAGGGCAAUCCAUGUAACAUGCAUCUCCUCGACAUCGGCAAGGAAGUCAAGCGGGCAAUAGAGGGCCAGGAAAUGCUAGCAUGGCAGUACAACACCAUCGGCGUAAGUGACGGGAUCACAAUGGGUGGAGAUGGUAUGAGGUUCAGUCUGCAGAGUCGAGAGAUCAUAGCAGACAGUAUUGAGACCGUCACAUGCGCCCAAUUCCACGAUGCAUGUAUAACGAUCCCGGGAUGCGAUAAGAAUAUGCCCGGAGCGGUGAUGGGCAUGACCAGGCAUAAUCGGCCAAGUAUUAUGAUCUAUGGCGGCUCGAUAAAUCCUGGUUAUAGUGAUCUCCUGCAGAAAGACAUCAACAUCACCACCGCACUCGAAGCACACGGCGCAUACAUCUACAACAGCUUAGCAAAUCCCAAAGAUCCAUCGCAGACCAAAGACGACAUCCUCAGCGAGUUGGAGAAGAAAGCAUGUCCUGGCCAAGGAGCGUGCGGUGGCAUGUUCACAGCCAACACAAUGGCUACUGCAAUAGAGACGCUCGGUCUCUCACUUCCUGGCUCGGCGUCCACACCUGCGACGUCUCCUGAAAAGAUGCGCGAAUGCAAAAAAGUGGCUGCUGCGAUCAAGAUAUGUAUGGAGCGAGACAUCACACCUCGGAAAUGCUUGACCAAGAAGUCAUUCGAGAAUGCUUUGGUGAUGAUGAUGGCGUUGGGUGGGAGCACGAACGGCGUAUUGCAUCUCCUAGCAAUGGCAGGCACAGCUGAGGUCGAGUUAACGUUGGAUGAUUUCCAAAAGGUUAGCGAUAAGGUCCCUUUCAUUGCAGAUCUGGCACCGAGUGGUAAACAUCUGAUGAAGGACUUGUACGACGUUGGUGGUGUUCCUUCGGUGCAGAAACUUCUGAUAGCAGCCGGUAUGCUAGAUGGCAGCACGAUCACCGUCACCGGCAAGACAUUAGCAGAGAAUGUGGAAUCCUGGCCUUCUCUCAAGCAAGGUCAAGAAGUCAUCAGAAGCCUGGAUAACCCGAUAAAAGCGACUGGGCAUAUCGAGAUCCUGUACGGCAAUCUUGCUCCCAAUGGAGCUGUAGCGAAGAUCACAGGCAAGGAGGGUAUGGUCUUUACAGGCAAAGCUAGAGUGUUCAACAAGGAGCACGAACUAGACGAUGCUUUGAACAAAGGCCAGAUCCCCAAAACUGAGAACCUCGUUCUGAUCGUGCGGUACGAAGGUCCAAAGGGCGGUCCGGGAAUGCCCGAACAGCUUAAAGCCUCUGCCGCAAUUAUGGGCGCUGGGCUCAAGAACGUGGCUUUGAUAACAGAUGGUCGAUACUCAGGCGCCAGUCAUGGCUUCAUCGUCGGCCACAUCACUCCUGAAGCCGCGGUGGGAGGUCCCAUAGCUGUCGUACAGGAUGGCGAUGUGGUUACUAUUGAUGCUAGUAAGCAUCGCAUCGAUAUGGAUGUGAGUGAGGACGAGGUGAAGCGGAGAUUCGAGUCGUGGAAGCCGCCGCGGAUGACUGUCACGAGGGGAACAUUGGCAAAGUAUGCACGAUUAGUGGGCGAUGCUAGUCAUGGUGCUAUGACUGAUCUGUUCUGA